AUGCGGUCAACGAUUCUUUCAGGGACGGCGCUGUUGCCACUGCUUCAGCUUGUCCACCCUGCCUAUGGCGCGACAUCAAAUGAUCGCGUCUCAGAAUGCCUGGGCAGAAACGGCGAUUCGAGCACAGGAGUGAAGUUUAGCAAGAACGUCUACAAGACCGACUUUGCUGGCGUAACGUGGGAUGAGGACAACUGGCUCCUCAGCACCACGGAAUUGAAGCAGGGUGCGUUUGAGUCUCGAGGCUCCAUUGCCAACGGCUAUCUUGGCAUCAACGUUGCCAGUGUCGGACCUUUCUUCGAGCUUGACACUGAAGAGAAUGGCGACGUCAUCAGUGGCUGGCCCUUGUUUUCCAGGCGACAGUCGUUUGCGACUAUCGCCGGUUUCUGGGACUCCCAGCCCGUUAUGAACGGAACCAAUUUCCCCUGGAUCUCACAGUACGGCUCUGACACUGCCAUCAGUGGUAUUCCACACUGGAGUGGCCUCAUCUUGGAUCUCGGUGGUAACACCUACCUUGAUGCAACGGUUGAUAACCGAACCAUCUCCAACUUCAGAUCAACCUAUGACUACAAGGCGGGAGUCCUGAGCUGGUCAUACAAGUGGACUCCCAAGGGCAACAAGGGGAGUUUCGACAUCUCAUACCGCAUCUUCGCCAACAAGCUAUAUGUUAACCAGGCUGUGGUUGACUUGCAAGUCACCGCAUCCAAGAAUGUGGAAGCAUCAAUUGUCAACGUUCUCGACGGCUUCGCAGCAGUACGAACCGAUUUUGUCGAAUCAGGCGAGGAUGGAAACGCCAUCUUCUCAGCCGUGCGACCUAAUGGUGUCGCCAAUGUCACCGCCUACGUGUACGCCGAUAUCACCGGCUCUGGAGGUGUAGACUUGUCGAACCGCAAGAUUGUCCACAACAAGCCAUACGUGCACACCAACGCAUCUUCCAUUGCACAGGCUGUUCCCGUUAAGUUUUCAGCAGGACGUGCCGUGCGAGUGACCAAAUUCGUUGGAGGUGCAUCCUCUGAUGCCUUCAAGAAUCCCAAGCAGAUCGCCAAGUCGGCAGCAGCAACCGCGCUGAAAAAUGGCUACUCCAAAUCUCUGAACUCUCAUGUCACAGAAUGGGCUAAUGUCAUGCCUGAGAGCUCCGUCGACAGCUUCGCCGAUCCCAAGACUCGCAAGCUUCCUAACGACAACUACAUCAUUGAUUCGGCCAUUAUUGCAGUCGUAAACACCUACUACCUGCUUCAAAACACAGUGGGCAAGAAUGGUAGCAAGGCGGCCAACGGGGCCCCAGUUAACGUUGACAGCAUUUCUGUCGGCGGAUUGACUUCUGACUCUUAUGCCGGACAAGUCUUCUGGGAUGCUGACCUCUGGAUGCAGCCUGGUUUGCUUGCGGCGCACCCGGAAGCUGCUGAGAGGAUCGUAAACUACCGCCUGGCAAGAUACGGCCAGGCCAAGGAAAACGUCAAGACUUCUUACGCAGGCUCCCAGAACGAGACUUUCUUCUCUGCAUCUGCCGCCGUGUUCCCGUGGACCAGUGGCCGUUAUGGCAACUGCACUGCUACCGGCCCUUGCUGGGAUUACGAGUACCAUCUGAAUGGAGAUAUCGGAUUGGCUCUUGUCAAUCAGUGGGUUGUGAACGGCAAUACGAAGGACUUCCAGGAAAACCUCUUCCCCGUCUAUGACUCCAUUGCCGAGCUGUACAGCAACCUGCUCAAACCCAACAAGACGGCCUGGACAUUGACUAACAUGACUGAUCCUGACGAAUACGCGAACCACGUCGAUGCCGGUGGAUACACCAUGCCUCUCAUUGCAGAGACUCUCCAGAACGCAAACACGUUCCGCAAGCAGUUUGGCAUUGAACAGAACAAAACAUGGAAUGAUAUGGCAUCAAAUGCCUUGGUUCUUCGUGAAAAUGGAGUGACUCUGGAGUUUACCACUAUGAACGGCAGUGCAGUGGUCAAGCAAGCUGAUGUCAUUAUGGUCACAUUCCCUCUGUCUUACACGACCAACUACACUACUGAGGAUGCCCUCAAUGAUCUCGACUAUUACGCCAACAAGCAGUCUCCAGAUGGACCUGCCAUGACCUACGCCUUCUUCUCCAUUGUAGCCAACGAAAUCUCACCCUCCGGAUGCUCGGCUUACACCUAUGCUCAAUAUGCGUUCAAGCCCUACGUUCGCGCGCCCUUCUACCAGCUCUCAGAGCAGAUCAUUGAUGAUUCCAGCAUCAACGGAGGUACUCACCCGGCUUACCCAUUCCUCACUGGCCACGGUGGUGCCAACCAGGUCGUUCUCUUUGGCUAUCUCGGUCUCCGUCUGGUGCCCGAUGACUUCAUCCACAUUGAGCCAAACUUGCCUCCUCAGAUUCCUUAUCUGAGAUACAGAACCUUUUACUGGCGUGGCUGGCCUAUCUCGGCUUGGUCCAACUAUACUCACACAACUAUCAGCCGUGCUAGCGGUGUUGCUGCGCUUGAUGGAGCUGACCAACGCUUUGCUGGCAAGACCAUUACCAUCCACUCUGGACCUGAAGAAAGCCCAACGGUCUAUCACUUGCCUGCCAAGGGCUCAGUCGUCGUUCCUAACAAGCAGAUUGGCUCUCAACAAACGUACGCUGGCAACUUGGUGCAAUGCCAUGCCGCGAGCUCACCCAACGACUAUGUUCCUGGUCAAUUCCCCAUCGCGGCCGUUGAUGGUGCUACCUCUACCAAAUGGCAGCCUGCCUCUGCUGACAAGUUGAGUUCUAUUACUGUCUCUCUUGAUCAAGAAGACGUGGGAUCUCUGGUCUCGGGCUUCCAUUUCGACUGGGCACAGGCACCUCCCGUCAACGCCACCGUCAUCUUCCACAACGAGGCCAUCAGCGACCCAGCUACAGUCUUGAAGUCACAGAAGCACAACUCGAACUACAAGGUUGUCUCCUCUUUGACCAACAUCAAGCAGUCCAAUCCAUACGAUAUCAAGACUACUGACUUGAAUGUCAUCGCCAUUCCCAUUGGCAACACAACUAAUGUCACUCUGUCAAAGCCUGUUGCUGCUUCUCGAUAUGCGUCGCUGCUCAUUGUUGGCAACCAAGGGCUCGAUCAUGCAGACGUCGUAGGAAAGAACGGCACUGGAGCCACCGUUGCUGAAUGGGCCAUCAUUGGACACAGCAAAGGACACACAGGAACACCUGGCCAUCAUGGCAAGAGAAAGCUGAACCUGCGUGCUGCCGCCGCAAUGUCUGACCCAGACAGCUUUGCACGCCGCCGUCAAUAG